CAUUUUUUGCAACACAGACAUGGGCACGAGGAAGGUCGUUGCUCUACCGGUAGUGGGGCGAUGGACAGCUGGCUUUCAACGAUGGAGUAGCAGCAGUGCUAUUUCCGGCGACGUGUAUGCUCAGAAGCUUCAGCAUCACUUGUUGGAUGGAGAGUUCAAGUCUGCAAUGGAAAUGUACAAGCUGACAACGCAGGAGACGCCGCGGAGUUUGCAGACGGUGAUGACACUCAUUGAGCGACUGGCCUUCAAGAAGGAUGCAUUCCAUGUCCAACGAAGCACGAUUGGGUUCUUCUUGAAACAGCAGCGUAAACUCGCUGGUCCUCUCCUUGCGGCAUACCACGACCUGAACGUGGUGCCGCCUCCGUCAGCCUUCCGCGAGCUGCUCUUGUUCCUUGUCCAGUCGAACGACAGACCGCGAGUUGUACAUGCCUUGCAUAUGGCGUUGGAGCAUCGCAUCCCCGUCGCCGCGGAUGCAUUCCAUCAGUUCUUUCUCGUCGAUCAUGAAGAAGGCAAAGACCAUGGCGCCACUGCCGUCGAUAAACGCGACCUGCAUGUGUUGACCGCGUUGUUUGUGCAAUGUUGCGAUGCUGGUUUGGUAACACCAUUGACCUAUCCAGGCUUGGGCGAUGCCAUCAUGUCGUCCUGCUUUCGAAGGGACAUGGACGAUGUCGCAGCCGCUUGCCUUCAAUUGCUACCUCGGAAUGCCAUCCAAAGCCCUGCACACAAGCCCCUUCUCUCCAUCUUCCACGGUCGUUCCGACGUAUCACCUGCGACUCGGCAAGCAUUGUACGAGAGUCUUGUGCACUUCUACGACCACCAGGACCGACACUAUGCCUGGCACAUCUUUCAAUUGAUGGACAAGCAUGACCUCGUCCUGCCGCCGCGGCUACUGCAAGACAUUGCAUUGGCCAUCCUCAAGCAAGGGGCACGCAAGGACGCCAUAGACGCUGUCAUCGAGCAUGCCAUCCGUCACCAUGUCCGCGUUCAUGAUGCGGUGCUUGCGAUGGGACUCGAACAGCCUCAUGCAGCCCUGGACUGGGCACGCCGCUAUCUCGUUGUCCUCCAACAUGGACUUGCCACGUCGACGUCCACGGCGCUGCUGUUCGAUGCUACGCACAUAGCGCUACUCCACGGCGAAUUCAAUGUGGCCACAGCAUUGCAUGCGCUGCUGCUACAGGCGGAAGGAGAACUCGACUCUCCCGGCCAUCGACGCCUCCAUCUGACGAUUCAAUCUAUCGACCAGGUUGGACAACGACUCGACGAAGGUGAUGCUACCACGUCGAAACUACUCGUGGACGUGCUUAUUCGUCAAGAACCAAGUCGGGUAAUGGACCUCUUCCAUCGACUACUCGCCUCUGAACAUGCACACGCCGACCUGCGUACCGCUUCGCUUCUUGAAGCAAUGCUGAUCGCCGCCCCCACCUCCGCAGACACCGUCACCCUCCUUCGCCAUGCGAUAACCCGCAGCAUUUUCGUCCCUGCCUCUGUGGUUGAGUCGUGCGUGGCCAAGUUCUCGAGUCCUUCUGGUCACGACGACCUCGUCGCUUGCGUUGUUGACCUCGUCACCGCCGACCUGGUGCCAUCCACGGAGGCACUGAAGCUGCUGCUCGUCAAGUCCGACAAUGGCAGUCGGCCCGCUUCGCCUGUAGUUUCCGAUUCUCCUGCGACCUCGUAAUGAACUUUUUUUAUUUGUUGCAA